AUGCCUCAGGAUUAUCUCGGAUGCAUCAUAGAUAAGGACGGACGCCAUCCUGACCCAGAGAAGAUUGAGGUCAUCCGCCAGAUGCCAGUACCGAAGAACGUGGCAGAGGUUCGUUCGUUCCUUGGUAUGAUCAACCACUAUGGAUCGUUUGUCGCGGAGAUGCGUCAGUCACGCGCACCGCUGGAUGCUUUGUUGAAGAAGAACGUUCCGUUCAAAUGGAAUGAGGAAUGUGAAGCAGCCUUCAAUCGCGCCAAGGAAGUGCUUGCUUCAGACCUGUUCCUGACGCAUUUUGAUCCCAGUCUGGAUAUAAUUGUAACGGCCGAUGCAUCAGACCAUGGAAUUGGAGCAGUGAUUCUGCACAGGAUGCCGGAUGGGACCAAGAAGGCAAUAUGGCAUGCAAGCUGA